GUGCUUGCAGUAUGGGCAACAGCGCUUCCUUGUAUCAACAACAUUUCGUAACCACGUGACCUGUGUUUACAUCCUCUCUCAGCUGUUCUUUCUUCCUCCACUUCGGCGUCAAGAAACACGGCUGGUCAUUAGUUUGCCCGUUCAGCCCAACUAACUAGCUCUCUAACCAGCACUUUGCACCGAGCUGGGCUGUUUGGACAUUUGAGCUCCGCUGUCACCGACCGAGCACCGCAUUGCAAUCCGAGUGCAACCAGUUACCAGGAGUGAGUUGAUGCGACACGGCGUUCUCCCUCGGUGCCCGGGCCUGGCCAUGGUGUGAAGCGACUUCCCAGCAUCCUUAGCAGCAGGACCCUUCAGCCCGCCCCUCAUCUCCAUGCCACUCUGAGGAGGAUCCCGCUCGUCCUGAGUAAGAGUUCUGCACUUGUGUUUCCCUUUUCUUUUCGCCAUGGGGGGAGCCGUGAGCGCAGGAGAGGACAACGACGACCUGAUCGACAAUCUGAAGGAGGCUCAGUACAUCCGCACGGACAAAGUUGAGCAGGCCUUCCGGGCCAUUGACCGCGGCGACUACUACCUGGACGACUACCGGGACAAUGCCUACAAAGACUUGGCGUGGAAGCACGGCAACAUCCACCUGUCUGCCCCGUGCAUAUACUCCGAGGUGAUGGAGGCUCUCAAACUGCAGCCGGGACUGUCUUUCCUCAAUCUGGGCAGCGGCACCGGCUAUCUGAGCACAAUGGUCGGCCUGAUCAUAGGGCCCUUCGGUGUGAACCACGGAGUUGAGCUCCAUAAGGAUGUGGUCGAGUAUGCACGAGAGAAACUGGAUGAUUUCAUAAAGAAUAGUGACAGCUUUGAUAAGUUUGAGUUCUGUGAACCUGUCUUUGUGGUGGGGAAUUGCCUUGAAAUCUCAACAGACAGUCACCAGUAUGAUCGCAUUUAUUGUGGCGCGGGAGUGCAGAAGGAUCAUGAAAAUUACAUGAAAGUACUACUCAAAAUCGGCGGCAUCCUAGUGAUGCCUAUAGAGGAUCAGCUGACCCAGAUAACCAGGACCGGCCAGUGCUCAUGGGAGAGUAAAAACAUCUUGGCUGUGUCCUUCGCCCCCUUGGUCCAGCAGAGCAGAGCUGAUGGAGAGAAGCAUGAUGCUGUCCAGCUGCCCCCUGUGACUGUCAGGAGCCUUCAGGAUCUGUCUCGGAUCUACAUCCGCCGCACUCUCCGAAACCUGGCCAACGAGGACAGUCAGGACAAGGGCCUGGUGCAAAGAGUCCCCCAGAAGCGCAAGCGCAGGCGCUGCCGACGGCGACGUAUCAACACGUACGUUUUUGUCGGUAACCAGCUGAUUCCCCAAACUGUGGAGAGCGAGGAGGAGCAGACCGAGGAGGAGCACAAGGAGGUGGAGGAGGAAGAGGAAAGAGACAUUGGCGACAUUGAAAUCCUUAAGCAAGUUAACGUGCUGAGAGACCAAAUAAUGGUUUUACCUCUGCCCGAGUCGCUUAAGGCGUACUUGCUGUAUUACAGAGAGAAAUGACUGAUUCACUUGGUAUCCAUUCUCAAUGGGUGCAGUACCUGCUGAAAUGCUUUUCUUCACCCUUUUCAGUACAAAUGUAGCAUUAUUUCCAUUUAAUCUUGAUGGCAAAACCGUAACGGAGAGGGACUUCAUAGAUAAUAUUGGAUAAUAAUGUUAUGAUUGUCAUGAUAAAGUUGCUUUGUUAGUUUAUUUUGACAUUUAUUUUUUUGAUUUGUAUAUCAAACCUAUGUACAAAGUCUACUAAAUGGAAAUCCUUUCAGAAAACCCAUUUUGAGAUUUCAGAUUUUAUGACAAUGUCAGUAUCUCUGCAGAGGUGUUGCAGACUAAAAAAUUGUGUAAAAUAUAUUAAAAAAAAAAAUUCUUACUAUAUUUGUUAAAAGAAAAAUAUGAUCCUACUUAGAUCAAGACUUUUACUGCACCUUUUUCUAGAAGCUUUAAUCUAACAUGAUCUGUAUCUGGCGAUUUGCGGAUGCUGAACGGAACAAAAGGCACUGAGAGGCGAACGGAGCCUCGUCCUCCCAUCUGAGUUUAAAGAGUCAAACAAAGACAUUCUUGCAUAAUCAUGAAUGGGGCACUUUUGCCAUUCUACUCCUUCUUCUUCUUCUUGAUGUUCUGUUUUUAAUUAAGGUAUUUUUUUAUACUUCCCAACUGCAAGAGAUCAGUGAGAGACAGGAUCUGCGUCUAACUUCUACUGCAGGGCCUCUUUAAAUGUAACUGCAGGAUUUCUGUAGGGUGCUUACAGUCUCCUGACUUCUCUCACUUUGCUCCUUAAGUAGCUGACAUUAGGCUUUAUGUGAUAAGGUGUUUUAAUUUGAUUAGUCAUUUUGCAGCCCUUGAAUGCACAUCCUUAAAAAAAAAAAAAAGAUCCCUACUUUCUCUCCAUUUUCUUUCUUUUCCUUUGCUGGGGAAAAAGAUGGUCUAAUCAUAUCAGAGGUGAUAAAGUGGAUGAAUUAGGAUGUUUUUUUUUACGGGGGAGUCGCAUUUUGUCAGCUUUUUUUUUUUUUUUUUUUCUUUUUUUUUUAGAGGGAACUGGGAGAUUUUUCGAGGUGGGACUUCAAGUCAGUAAUGAAUCUGCACUUAUGAAUAUUAAGCAUGUCUUAGAUGUUGCUGACUUGGAUGGUUCACAGUUGGCGAUCAAUCACCGAGGGCGAUGUACCGGGUGAUCAGGAGCUGAAGCGUACUUAUCGAUUUUGGAUAAAUGUUUUUAAUUAAAGAUGAUUUAGAUGGCCUUGAGGUAAUGAUGCUCAAAUUAGAUACUUUUUUUUAUUAUUCGCAGCAAUGCAAAAUUACUAAAAUAUAUAUAUAUAUAUAUAUAUAUACAAAUCAUGGAGGAUUUUGAAGCCUUUUGUACUCUGGACUGUAAAAGUGUCCAUCGAAGCACCUUAUUGUGCAGUCCUCAGCUGAAAAAAGAGCACCGUCUUUUUUUUUUGGCUUACUUUGUAUGGUGGACUGGAUAUGUUAACGAUAAUGAUGUGAAGUCGUGUGUAUCAAAGUACAAUUUGCUCACAGAACGUCCUCGGUAAGUGAUGGCUCUCAAGUGCCAACAUCCUCCAUCACAUUGGGAUCUCUGCGAGUCUCUUUUUUUUUUUUUUUUUUUUUUUUUUUCUGGCACGGUGAAAGUUUGCCCAAAAUGAUGGUAUGGUAUGGUAUGGUAUGUUUUUAAAGUACAUUCCGCAGUUUUAAGAAAAGCACGCCACUGCUAGAUGUCACCUUUUUGUUGAUGCUUUACAUCUGUCACAGACUUGGAAUUUUUCUUCAUCCUACUUUGAAUGCAUCAUUUUUAGUAUUCCAAAAGCUGAGUUGAAUGUUGUUGCUAUUAAUUCUAUUCAAUAUAAAGGUGAUUAUAUAUGUAUGGUUAUCAAAUGGUUAUGCAUAAAAAAAAAAAAAUUCUUUGAUUUGCAUUUGGUUUGUUGUAGCGCCCUCUUGCUGUACUGUAUCUUGACACUGGGAACUUUAGGUCAAAUCUCCACUGCUGUCUGUUAGGUAGAUAGACAUUAUUAGUGCUCUAGGUCUUCAUUUUGUUCUGGUGUAGUGUAAAAUAUUUUGUUUGAACAUGGGGCUGAUUAUUCUAUUGGUUGUUUUUGUGUGUGUGAAGAGGUAACAUUUAUUUUAUGUAAGGAUUUUACACUCAGUGGAGGCUUUUCAAUUAAGCAAUAACAGAGCAAUUUCUCUGCCAGUAAUUACCAGUAACAACUUAGUCCUAUUUGAUUUGGAUAGUGUCCGUAAAAAAAAAAAAAAAAAAAAAUUCAAAUGACAACGAUAGGCACUCAAUUUAAACCGUUGCCUCAAACAUUAUUGGCAAUUAGAGAGGACAUUAGUCACUGAAAGCAGGGGACCUACAAACCUAGACUCAGGUCAUGCCUUGCACCAAAGUGAAUGGAACUGCUUCGACUAUAGUAACAUGGAUAGGACUGAAUACAAAAAAUGGCACCCAGUAAAGACCAAUUCAUAAUCAAUUCUGGUCUUCUAUUCAGUUGAGUUGAGAGCCAAAACUAUUCUGUUGCUGUUUAUCAGGCCUAUACUUUGAUUUCUCAUAGAGUGUGCAGUUCAUUUUGAAAAUGUGUUGUUCCUCCGUAACUGUUUAGCAUAAAAAAACAAAAAAAAAAUAAAGGUCACAAUCACA